AUGAGCAGCAACCGGAAUGAACUAUAUGAAGACGCAGAUGGGACUUGUGAUAACCCGUUAGGAGAGGGUCGGGAAGCCCUUGCAAUGGACUACGUAUUCGAUAAUGAUGGACUCACACAGAGCUUCGGAUGCACUGGUGGCGAAAUCGUGUGGGGACCGAAACGCACCGACUACUUCUGGGCAGUCGCUGCAGGAUACGUGGCCCGCUCGGCGGGAGCUACGACCCAGAAUAAUCUCCCCACGCGGGAGGGUGGUUUAGUGGACACCCCCUGUCAAAAUAGCACGACACAAGGAAAAGGUUUGGUGGCGUUGCCGGUGACAAUAACAGAGGGAAAAGUAAAAGAAACAGAGAAAACCAGACAGAGAGCUGGAAGUGGAAUGGUAUGGUAUCGGAACGGGAUUAGGUUUCCCGUCCCAGUCUACCAGUGGGAAAGUGGGCAGGGGAUUUCCGAGCUAAGGGGUGGUACAGCUGGGUAUCGAAGUAUGAUCAACCCUGGUUUGCGAGAAACAACCGGAAUGAACCAUGUGAGGGAUAACCCGUUUCCCUGGAGAGCAGAAGUCAAGGCAGCGAGGCGGCGCUUCCGACGAGAGGCUACACGCUCUGUAGAUCUUGGCUAA